AUGGCAUCCAUCUCACCAGAAGUUGAAUCUGCUUGGGAAAGUUUAAAGACUGAAAGCAUCAAAUGGUUUACUUUCAUCCCAGAAAAGACUGAAAUUGUCAAAGAUGCUGAAGGUAAUGGAGAUUGGAGUGAAUUCUUGAGCAACUUUGGUCCAACUGAUGUCAAGUUUGGUAUUUUCCGUGCUGUUGCUGUAGAUGAUGACUCUAGAAGAACUAAAUACAUUUUGGUUGCUUGGACUGGUCCUCAAUGUAAUGCCAUGAAGAGAUCAAAGGUUGCUGCUAACAAGACUGCAGUCACUCAAAAGUUUGCCAUCCACGUUGAUGUUCAAGCUUCUGAUGUUGACCUUUUGAGUCAAGAGGAAAUUAUUGCCAAGUUGAACUCCUCCACUGGUGCUCACAAGCCAAAGUCCUACGAAUUCUAA